AUGGCAGACCUUUUCGUGGAAGAGGCUCGCAUGUCCCAGUCCGAGUCUGUGACGCAGGCAACGCAGGGCCCGACGCAGGCGUUCCCUGUGGUGUCACAGGAUGACGUGGUGACCGGCCACGCAUCAGUGGUCUCCACAAAGCUUGGUGAGCAGUUCGAGUUCAAGUUCGAAGAGAGCACGAAUCAAGCCUUUCUCGGGCGCUCGCCGGAGUGUGAAAUCCGGGCAAAGGACUCACAUGUGUCAAAGAAGCACCUUCGGAUUUAUCGUGAUGAGCAGUUACGCUACUUCGUCGAGCAGCUCAGCGCUGCUGGGACUUUCAUCAAUGAGGACUACACGAGGCAGGGUGAGCACCGCAGUCUCAAGCAUGGUGACACCAUCACGAUCGCGACAAAGCGCUCCGACGCGGUUCCUUUCGCAUCCUUCUUCUUCCGCGUGAGAGGCUCAAUGACACAGAGCGGAGCUGUGGAGGCGGACAAAGAUGCAGAUGGAGAUGGCGAACUUCGGAACUUGGUCACAGAUGAUUGGGUAAGGAAAAACUGGAGCCUCCGGGAGGAGUUGGGCAGUGGCCACUUUAGCUCCGUCCAGCUGGGUAUACGCAUCAAGCAAGGGAGGUCGGAAGCCUUGAAGCCUGGCUUGAGGUGCGCUGUGAAGAUCAUCGACAAGAAGACUUUCGUAAACUUUCAGUCAAAUCGCUCUUCGGGCGUGAACCUGAAUGAUGAAGCAGAGUUGAUGAGUAGCCUGCAGCACCCGAACAUCGUGUCAUGCUCAGAAUGGUUCCAGACACAAAAUCACAUGUACCUAGCUCUGGAGUGCGUCCCUGGCGGAGAUCUUCUCCACAACCUGAUGGAUGGAGGCUGCCUGACUGAGAUGCAGGCGGUGCGUAUCUUCCGCCAGGUCUGUGGCGCCGUGCAGUACCUCCAUGUUACGAAGUCUCUCGUACACAGAGACCUGAAGCCGGAAAACAUUCUCCUUACCAACAAGGACCGGGACACCAUGAUCCCCAAGCUUGCAGAUUUCGGGCUCGCGCGCAUCAACCAGAAGUCCAUGGACUGCCGCACAUUCUGUGGGACGCCACAAUACUUUGCUCCCGAGGUGAUUGGCACAGCCCAGGAUCCCAGCACAGGCUAUGGGAAGCAGGUGGACAUGUGGAGUCUCGGAGUCAUUCUUUACAUCAUGCUGUGUGGUGUGCCACCUUUCGAGGAUGAGGGCCUCUACACACAGAUCCAAAAUGGCCGCUGGGAGUUCGAUGUUCCCCAGUUCUCGCAAGUUUCUGAGGAGGCAAAGAACCUCAUCCGCAAGCUCAUGAAAGUGAACCCACGUGAACGCAUCAGCAUCCAAGGAGCCCUCAAUGAGCCUUGGUUCCGCGUUCACGAGUUCGCCACCCCGGCGCGCUCGACCAGGUCCCAUGCCGCAGACAUGCACCAGCAGCCUGCCGUGGGUAACACGGACGAGCCAAUGUCCAAGAGGCGCAAAUCAGAAGCCGGCAUGGUCAUUUCUUGA